AUGAGCAAGGAGCAUACUAUCAUCACUGACCGCUCGAUAGUGGACCAGCUGCCCACUACACCCAUCGACAGUAUCGGCGCCAUAGUACAGGAUAUGCGUGCCAGCUUUGCUAGUGGGACCAUGCGCGAUAUCAACUUUCGCAAGCAGCAGCUUCAAGCGCUGCUGCGUGGUUUACGCGAGCACGAGCAGAUUCUUUUGGACGCAUCUGCCAUGGACAUGAGUCGCUCCCCUCAGGAAAGCAGGUUUUUCGACCUCGGACCAGUCGAGUAUGAGAUCGGACAGUUUCUAAGGUAUAUAGACAAAUGGGCCCGGCCAGAUAAGCACCCGCUGGCAAGCGAGCAGACUGCGUUUUUGAUGAGCUCUAUGGAGGUGCGCAAGGAACCGCUGGGCACUGUGGUGAUUAUCGGUGCGUGGAACUUCCCAGCACGACUUAAUUUGGUUCCGCUUAUCGGUGCUCUUGCCGCCGGCAACACGGUGGUUCUGAAGCCGUCGGAUGUGGCGGUCCAGUCAGCUAUUGCUAUUGGGGACCUUGUGACGGAGUACUUGGAUCCAAGGGUAGUACGUGUGGUGCAAGGCGGUCACUACUUCUACACGGGCAGCGGCAAGGUGGGCAAGAUCGUGGCCAAGGCUGCUGCUGAACACCUGGCGGGCGUGACUCUGGAGCUCGGUGGCAAGUCGCCGGUGGUGGUGCACAGCGAUGUGUCGGACCUGGAGGCCGCUGCUGCACGUAUCAUGUGGGGCAAGCUAACCAACGCUGGCCAGACAUGUGUCGGCCAGUCUCCAGACUAUGUACGCAUUAUUAAUGACCGCCACUGGCAGCGCAUCAUGGCACUCUUGAACAACACCACGGGUGAUAUUCUCAACACAUGCGACGACGGGCCUGACCAGGCCGACCGCUAUAUUCCUCCGACACUGGUCGAUGGUGUCCGCCCAGAGGAUUCACUACUGAGCGACGAGAUCUUUGGACCGGUUUUGCCCAUCAUCACCUACGACAUACUUGACGAAGCACUCGACUAUAUCAACUCGCACGACCAGCCCUUGGCACUUUAUGCGUUCGGUAGCUCCAAGACUACCGAAUACAUCAUUUCCAAUACGCGCUCUGGAGGCGCAGUGGCCAACGAUGCAUACAUGCACAUGGCAGCACACCACUAUCCGUUCGGUGGCACUGGCCCCUCAGGCGUCGGCAGGUACAUGGGCAAGUAUUCGUUCGACACUUUCUCUCACCACCGUUCGGUGCUGAAGAACAGCCUGCGGUUCCCACCAGCUCAGAGCGAGUGGAAGUCUGGCGGCAGAGACCUCGCGUUUCCGCACAAUUUCUGGCUACGCACCUCGUUCUGGGGCAAGGCCUUCACAUUCAUCCCAUUCUGGCGCUUGUUGGCAUCAACAAGAGUCGUGUUUCUCGGUCUAGUAUACGGUCGUUCGGCGACUCGUGCCAGAAAGCAUCCGAAGUAG